GGUUUCAGUGUCACUUAUAUUCUGCUGAUCAUGGCUGAGAUUGGAUUUGGCCCACAAGCUUACCACAGGUACCAUGUCACUAGAUUUCAAAAUAAGAGUCGGGACUCUAAAAAAAUUAUCCACACACAUUGCAUAGUUCCAAAGUGCAACAGCCAUGGUAACACUGUCGCUAUGGGCAAAUAUGUAACAUAUGUCCAAAUUCCAGAGGGGAUGAAACAAAAGUGGCUAGUU